CUGCGUAUCUGACGCAAAGCUUGAAGUCCAGUGAUAAAUAGCAUAGAGUCGCUCUUAGAUAACGUCGCUGUCUGGUCGGUUGGCCGGGUUGGGUGUCCUUUCUAUGUCUCGGCGUGAUAGCCUGUAACAGUAGUCGUCGUAGAUGUAAUUUUGUAUUUGUUGAUGUGUCUCCAGAGGAAAACGCAUUUCCCAUGAAAAGCAGCUGUCAAGUAGAAGCUCUCUGGAGCCAGUAAGAGUAGCACUUGCAAACAACUAUCCUCGUGGGUCCAGCCUGCUUCUAACCACCUCUACUGGUAUGCACAUGCCAGUGAAGGUGAUGGCGACGUCCUUGUGGACAUUUGGAAAACCAUGGUAAACCAUGCUGCCAACAUUCAUGAGGGUCACAAUGGGAUGUUGACAAGGUGCCUUCACAAGCCACUGGACAACAGGUCUUGGCUCCGCAAAGGAUCUCCAGCACACAAAAGGCUUGAAGAAAUCGUCACAGCCCCAGUGCUGACACGGGCCAUCAAGCAGUUGUCCCCACACACCCAGACCUUUGCCUUGGAGUCAUUCCACAAUGUCAUUAACCAGUUCGCUCCCAAGUCUGUGGCGUUUUCUUACUUCGGCAUGCAAGCUAGGACAUACAUUGCCAUCCUGCACUUCAAUGAAAACUCCUCACGUUUGCAAGCUACUACAAAGGAUGGACGACUGCAGUGGAAACUGAAAGCACCAAAGGCGAAGGCUGGAGAAAUGAUUGCAAGCCCUGUAAUGACGCAGGCGACAUUUGGCUAUGUGAAUGACCAGCUUGAUGAGACUCUUCGCUUGGCAAGUAUAUACAUCACCUUCGCAGAGGCCUUUGCAAAUGCAGAGUGUGAUGUCCCACCACCAAUGACGCACCGCAUCAGGCAGAGACCAUCCAAGGACGACGUUGUAGCUGGUCAUGUUUCACGAUUCGCUACAGCACAUACAAAUCCACUUCAUCCUGUGCACGGGUAUGACGCUGAGGAUGAUGACUUUGACGCAGACCUGUUGAUGCCUGAGUAAACAAGGCUGCUUCGCAGAGCGUGGCAUACCAAAACAGGAUGUUUUCCAAUGUCUUUCACCUGAGUGACAGGCAAGAACAACUCCAGUGAAUGGCCUGCAAUUCACCUCUAAAAUACAGCAGCCUCCAUUCGAUGCACCGCAUCAUCAGGUGAUAUCGUUCCUUUACAGUUCCUAGUGCUUUGUUCUGUUUAAUUUACUAAGCAUAACCGUACCAACCAUAAUUGAAUCAGUGCUAUACUACUGCAUUCAACAUGCUCAUGGACUUGUGCAUGUUACCCAAUAAGGUAAUUCGGUACAGUAACUAUUACUCUGGUGACAAAAGUAAUUUCUCACAAUUACAAAUUAGAGAGCUAAAUUUGUAAUCAAGUAACUGCUCAAAAUGUAAGGUAUUACUAUCGUUGUUACUUUUGAUAAUAAGCCAUAAGGUCUGUAGCGCUAUAGUCACAACAAAAUUUCAAGUGACUCCCUAUGUCCAAAGCUUGACCUACUGUACAGCAACACGUUGUGGUAGGAAGAGAUAUAAGAUAUCCCCAGGGCGUAGAAUGCAUGUCCGGAUUGAUUUUACUCCGGUCACUAAGGUCCGGUGAGAGAACUCACGGGCCCCGGGGGAUGAGUCUUGCCCCGGUCCCCCUUGUCACGUAUAAUGGUGCUAGCAUCCGUGGGGAGGGCCCUUCGUUGCCGGCCCUGCAUACUGUACUGGAAAGCAAAUUAGAUAUGGCUGUGCUGGGGCCUGUGGAUUGGUUUCGUCCAUGAAUUCAGCUUAGUCGUAACAGUAGUUGAUCAGUUUGUAAUCCAAUACCAAAAAUUGUAAUCAGGUUUGAAAAAUUACUUUCUCAAACAUCUAAUUGAUUAUAUUUACAAAAUUAAUGGCUAGUAAUGGCUUACUAGUAAGACAACUAAUUGGUAACAUGCUACGUACAAGUCCGAGGUCAGGCUGCAUCCAGUUAAACGUGUCUAGCAGCUUUGUAUAAUUGCUAGUGGGCUUCACCCCCUAUUUGCUAAUAACGCUGAUCCAAAUACAGCUGCCAAAUAUGGAGUUGGGCAGCAUAACAUAGAACACUUACUGUGCAUGUAUAUAUUUGUGAUACGGUAAAAAAAUAUGUAUUUGUAACAUAUAACCUGUACAUAGAUGUACAGCUUGUGGUAGUUCUCAAACAUAGUUGUUGUUGCAUGUGCUUGUAAUUGCUUAGUAUAUCCACUUUCAUGAAACGUUGUAUGACUAGUACUUGCAUGGUGUGGCUGGAUCACCGACUGUCGCUUAGUUUUUUUUUUAGUUCCCUUUGAUCCUGGGUCCACACGCAUAAGGUCAUUUUCCAUUUUGUUGAGACGCAGCUCUUAGCUGCUUCAGUUUGUAACUUUGUUGUAUUUUAGUUAUCACACUUACUAGCUGAGUUAAAUGCCGACAUAACGGCUGUUUGAGCACAGUCCCCUCACCCUCGACACAUAUGCAAGUGGGCCCACAUCCGCGGCGGAGCCUGCACCGCUACAGGACGCUCUGUCCAGGUGGCGGAUAGGACAGUUCUUCUUUUAUGAAGAAGGCAGACGUCUGCCAGCGGACCAACAGACAUUUCAGUUCAAACAAGACCAAUUUCUGCUGUCUGUUUUUUGUUGCAUUAAAAAAUGGGACAUACAGCAAUGACUACUGGGGCUUUUACUUCCUUUCGAGGUGCCUUCAUUGGUGACUUCCAGCUUAACAUUACCUCUUGUUAAAUUGCUUCAACAAUAAAUGUAAACAGUUGCCAGAA